AACGUAAUUUGAGAUGGAAGCAAGUUCGCGAAUUAAAAGAACGUCAUUUAAUCUGAUUUUUGUAAUGCAUGUAUGAAAAUGGUGGUCAGAAUAUUUGUGAUCGAGUAUUCGUCAAUACUGCAUAAAAUUUCAUAUUAUCAAGAAAUCUAUAAGUCUUCUUCAAAAAUUGGAUGCUGCAAUACUGACAAAUAUUACUUAUAACGAAUAGUAGUGAACAAAAAUAAUUUAAAAUAAUUUAUUCAUUUAUGUAAAGUAAGAUAUAAAGGAUUUUUUGUUACAUAAUAAAUAAAAUGACAUAUACAGGGUGUUUCAGGGUUAAAUGUCCUUCAAUGCGGGAAUUGUUUCAACUGGUGUUACAUGUAAGAACAGAUUGUGAGAAUCAAAAUUUAUAACAACUGUCGGCAGCGUCCACGCUACUGAACGUUCUAAAUUGCAAAAAUUCGUAUUUUAUCUGUUAUUAUACGCGACUUCCGAAGAUAUAUGCAUUCUUCGUAUAAUAAAAUAACUUCGAACAACGAACAAUUGUACGCAUGAAAGAGAAUACGCGUGUAUAGAAAAUGUAAAUUGUUAUCGUAUACAUCUAAUGCAGAUAGAUAUAAUUUAGUUUAGACACAUCAAAAGUUUAAUUAGUACUUAUCUGCCUAUUUAAAAUAUGUAACAAGAAAGUAUUUUAUUUUGCAUAUAAAACUCUAUGAAUCUGGCAUUAAUAUAGUUUUUUUUUUAUCAAAGAAAAGAUUUUUUAUUGUAAAUCAUUAGGUUAAUAUAUCAUUAAGGUAAUACUACAAGUACAAUGCAGUUAGACUUAAAUGGUUUAAUAAUAUUUUAAUUAUAUAUUCUCUAUUAUUUAAUUGUAUUAUGCCGUAAAACAGCUAAUUUAUAGCGUUUAAAAAUAUUCUUAACAUAAAAUAAUACAAUUCCGUCCGCAUACGUUUCCAUUAAUUAUACCUAGACAAUAUUUCUCCCAUAACAAAGACGAAAAGGAAACAAAGUGUCUCCUUCUCUUUCAAGAAAAACACCCUGCGACUCCCAGAAUAUCAUGGAUAUCAAGGCGCCCUGCUGACAAUCGCUUUCAUGGUGAAUGGCUACGUGUAAACUCGUGCUAUAACGGAAAUACUCGUCAGGUGACGCUAUCGAAUGGUACUACCAGUACCAGACAAUGUAUCUCCGGCUGAUGGCAGAGAACCAGUUAACUGCAAAGACAGAAGUAACAAUGGCUGAAGAUGAGACAAGUGACUGCUUUGGUAAGCAUAUUAUCACGGAGAAAGUCCAGAACGGCCUGGCGGAAGUUAACAGUAAUCAGGUAAUCGUGGACAACCGCGAAUACGCUUGUCCACGUUGCGGCAAUACCUACACCAGAUCGCAUUCGCUGAACAGGCAUAUGAGAUUCGAGUGCGGCGUCGAACCACAAUUCGAGUGCCCAAUCUGUCACAAGAAAUCGAAACAUAAGCACAAUCUCGUAUUGCAUAUGAGAACACAUCAGAAACCAUGAGAUUGCUUACUUGUGAGAGAAACCGAGAAAAACGCGCUUUGCAGAAAGAUUUGUAUGCUGUGCAAGCAAUGCGUGUAUCAAAAUGUAAAAAGAAACCUUAAUAUAUACUUUUAUCUGCUUGUGAUAUUUAUGAUAGCCAUCUCUGCUCCGAAUUACGAAAACUAGUUAGAAAUCUCUUAGUAAAAAGUUUUAUAAGGAAUUUCUUGAUCUUGAUAUUUUUUGAGUGAUACAGAAGUUGCCAUUCCAUAGAUUAAGCAAACGAAAUAUUCUUUUUAAUAAAUGUAAUAAAACCAUCGAUCUAAUUAUGAAACACCGAUUUAUAUUUUUGGGAAUUCUAUAUAGACAGAUAUCCAACUUGAAGCAUUUGUUUUAAUCUUACAUUUAAUAUACUUUAUAUAGAUAUAAGUAUAUGCGAUUAAAACUUUCAUCGAUAUUUUCAAUAUUAGUAUAUUCAAUAUUUCUACGUUAAAUAAAAAAAGGAAUAUUUUUUUAUGUAAACUAAAGAAUUAACUUUCUAUUUUGAUUACAUAUGUUUUUAAGUUUAUUGAGUUUAUUAUCAACGAUACCGGAGCAGAUCCUAACAUUUAUAGACUGACAUUUACUGCCAUACAAAAGGGAUUCUUUUUAUUAAUGUACAUUUUAGUAGCGAUAAAUAAUUGAAUGUGAAGAAUUGAAUUUAAACUGCCACCACUAUUACCAUUAAGUAUAGUUAAAAAUACUUUUAUAUAGUUAUAUGCUUUAUUAUUUUUACAAUUAAUAAUGAAUUAUAAAGAAUUUAUUUAUAAAAAGUUUCUACAAUGCAUAUAUUUGUGUAUCAUAUUAAAUAAAGCGUAUCUCUGAUUGAUUAACCGCGAACAAAAUACAAAUAUUUUGAUAAAUUGUA